AUGGCAGACAAGAUCGACCGGAUCCUGGACGAAUAUGUCGCACAAGGCGAUGCGACUAAGGACAAGCUGCUGGGAGUCGCCUUCGUUGUCGUUAGCAAAAAUGGUAGCCAGAUACUUUACAAGGGAGCCGCAGGCCGCACCAACCUCCCAGUCGACUCGUCUGCAUUCGCUCCAGACUCCUUCACCUGGGUUGCGUCACUGACCAAGAUUGUCACAAUAACAUGCGUGAUGCAAGUUGUUGAGCGCGGCUUGAUCGGCCUGGAUGACGACGUCCGGCCUCUGGUGCCUGAUCUGGCUCAGAUGCGCAUCUUGUGGGGGUUUGCCGACGACGGGAGCCCCAUACUGGAGGACAACGUCAAGCCCAUUACGCUCCGCCACCUUCUCACCCACACGUGUGGCUUGGGCUACGAUCUUGUCGACCCAGACCUGACCCGCUGGUCGUAUGCUGUAGGACGCACGACAAACAACCUGUCAUACACGCUUGAGGGCUGGAGGACGCCACUCAAGUUUCCGCCCGGCGAGGGUUGGUACUAUGGCAGCGCCAUCGACUGGGCAGGACAGGUGCUCGAAACAGUGACAGGUCAAGGACUCGGCGCGUACAUGGCCGAGCACAUCUGCAAGCCCCUUGGUUUAUGUGACACGACUUUCCGCUCACUCACCAUGACCAAACGAGCAGCUGGUCGAACCGUGCCGUGCUCCUUCCGCGACUCGUCCACGGGAACGCUCUCAAGUGGCUCGUUCCCUGUUCCCGUGGAUCCGCCUAUCGAAAGCGGGGGCGCCGGACUCUGGACAACAGCGGAGGACCAUGUCAGUGUCCUGCAGGCGUUGCUGAAGGCGUCAAGCCCCGACGAGAAAGGGGGAUUGGUUAGCAGGGCAACGGUUGAUGAGAUGUUCCGGCCACAGCUUAAUGAAGUCCAGCGUGGAAUGCUCACGUAUCUUGCAGGCAGGUUUCACGAUGGUAUAGUACCAGAGUUCCCAGUAGACACCCGAAUUGACCACGGUCUGGGCGGCGUCAUCAACACCGAAGAUGUCCCUGGGAAGAGGAGGAAGGGCAGCAUGAUGUGGCAGGGCAUGUGCAAUGCGCACUGGUGGAUCGACCGCGAGACGGGGAUCGCGGCGACGCUCAUUGUCAAUGUUUUCCCACAGCCAGACUCAGUAGUAGUCAAGCUUUACAAUGAUCUCGAGUUAGCUGUGUACGGCGACCUGGUUCCUUCCAAAGCUGCUGUCAUCUAGGGCCAAGAAUUGCCGGGUCUUUGCCGAGUUCCUCAGUUCUCUAGGUUCCUUUCGUCUUGCAGAAUUCCAUCUCUUGCUGUUGGUCUCCGGGGCUCCCCUUCGUGGCAUAAUGUGGCUCGUUCUAUCUACGGGUCAAGAUCCGGAAACCUGCCAAAAAACUCCGGAUUGGAAGGUGAGAUGGCCGCAAGGAGCGGGCCAGAGCUGACACACUCUUGUUGGCUUGCUUCUGGUGGGCAUGGCGGGGCACAGAUAAGGUUCGACGGGCUAUGCGUCUCACUUUCAGUGACCCUCGGGUGGCACGGAACGGUGCUGUCGAGCUUGGCUGUUCUUAGUGGGGGUCUUCACGAAACCCCGAAAUGACGAAAGUGGCUUGGCCUCCCCAUGAUCGGCAUCAGAGCCGUACCAAAUCCCGAUGAUCACGGAAUCACGCAUCAGGAUCACGGGCAGCGGGCAAGCACACACG